AGACCUACAAUAAUAAUAAGCGCCAUCGUUUCCAUCCAACUCCCGACUCGGUAUGUGCAUCGGUUCGUGCCUUUGUCUUUAAAUUCCACUUCUCUCACCUGCUCUCCUCUCCUACUUUCUCUCUCUCGCCUCGUCUAAUUGGAGCAAGUAAAAGCACAGCUGUGAGGUCUGUAGGCUGUAGCCAUGGCCAGCGAGGAGCGAAGGAAGGAACCAGAGCAAGAAUGCCUUUACAAGACGAAGGCCGUACAGUUCUUGGGACGCACUACACCAAUAAUCCUUCAGAAUGAUAAUGGCCCUUGCCCUCUCCUCGCUAUCUGUAAUGUUCUUCUUCUGAGAAACAACUUGAAUUUGAGCAUAGAUGCAUCUGAAGUCUCACUGCAGAAAUUGCUUUCACUUGUUGCUGAAAGAUUAAUUGAUUCUAACAGCAAUGUGGAAAACAAGGAUGCUGGAUACGUUGAAAAUCAGCGAAAAAACAUAUCUGACGCAAUUGAUCUGCUUCCACGGCUUGCUACUGGAAUUGACGUUAAUAUUCAAUUCAGGAGAAUUGAUGAUUUUGAGUUCACACCAGAGUGUGCCAUAUUUGAUCUUCUUGACAUUCCAUUAUAUCAUGGUUGGAUUGUGGAUCCACAGGAUUAUGAUACUUUCAAUGCAAUUGGGUCCAAGUCAUACAACACUCUUAUGGGGGAGCUUGUUGCCCUUGAAACAAGAAAUACGAGUGAAGAACAUAAGAGCAGCCCUGAAGAAGAUUGUAUUGAUUUUGCUGCUGCAACUACUGCAACUUUGGGAGUUCCAUCACCAUGCAUUUCAAGGUGUAAAUCUUUUGAUGAUUCUCCACAUUCCAUCUCAGGGCAUCAGAAAGCAAGGAAGGGAGACAUGGAGGAGGAAGCAGAACUGUUGAGAGUAUUGAAAUUGUCAGAAGCUGAAUCGGCAACUUCAGUUGGCGAGUGUCCAUCACCCCAUGCCAAUGGGAGCAAUAGGCCUGUAAAUUCAGAUGGAAGUGAACAUAUGAAGAGUAACACAUCAGAAGCCCUUGCAGAUAUGCAUGUUGGGUGUAAUUGUGAUGAUCCUCAAGUCCACCAUCAGCUAGAACCAUCUAUAUCACAGAAUUUGAAUGCUUCCAGUGGUUGUAACACUGAUUUGAUAUCCUCUGAAAUUAUUUCAAGAGGAUCUGGUCAUUCAUCUUUUAGUGACAGAAUUAACCUUGAUCAGUUAACUAAUAAUAAAGAACUGACAAGGCAUUUUGCUUCUGCUGAAAUAAUGGAGAACAUAAGAGAUGAGGUGAUUGUCCAGAAUCAAAGUGAACUUACUUGUUCUAUUGACAUGGAUCCUUCCUCUGCAUCCAAAGAUCAUAUGCUUACUGGUGGAGAGGAGCAACAAAUUCAACAAACAUGUAUGCAAGUUACUGCCACAUCUGAAGUUCACUGUGAACCAGCAGAUGAUCAAAGUGGUUGUGAAACAGCAGUGCCAUCUUGCCCAUCUGCACCAAAUGCAGAUUUUGAUGUUUCUAGUGGUGGAAGCCAGCGUAAGGAUAAUAUAACAAAGGGUGCCACCUCAAGCCUUGAUGGCAGUGAGCCCAUAUAUGAAGGAGAGGAAUGCAUACUAGAUUCGGGUCUAAAAAUUUAUGAAAACCGAGAGCCUAUGUAUGAAGGUGAGGUGGUUCUUGCUGAGCAAGCUGACAAAGGCGGACAAGAUGACUUAAGUCCCAAGGAUGAAAUUACUCAACAGAAAGGGGAACUGAUUAGGAACUUCUUAAAAACCAAUGCGAGCCAGCUGACCAUAUACGGCCUAUUUUGCCUACAGGAAGGUCUGAAGGAACGUGAGCUUUGUGUUUUUUUCCGUAAUAAUCACUUCAGCACUAUGUUCAAGUUUCAUGGUGAACUAUAUCUCUUAGCCACUGACCAAGGUUACAUAAAUCAGCCUGAUUUGGUUUGGGAAAAGUUAAAUGAAGUAAAUGGAGAUACAGUGUUUAUGACGGGCAGCUUUAAGGAGUUUAAAGUAGAAAAUCAUGUCAAUGACCAUUGGGAUGAGCAAAAUGCUUUGGCUAGUACUGCUGACUAUAUUGCUAGAAUAGAUAAUUCGACAGGAGCUGGUUCAACUUUAAAUUCGGAUCUUCAACUUGCAAUAGCUCUACAACAACAGGAGUUUGAAAACCAGCCCCAGCGGCAUAAUUCACAACAGCCAUCCGUUGGUAGUUCAAGGCUUGUAACUAGCCCUCAGACGCCAAGGGAAACUGGCAGCAUAUCUAAGCAGGAAUCAAAGUCAAAAGAUAAAUGUGUUGUGAUGUGAAACGAGCGGGUAACGUCGCACUUGUACUGUAAAUGUUGUAAUCUUGUUCUGAUCCCCAUUUGUACUAGCACCUUUCUUUUUCUCAUUUUUCCAUCAGUUUUUUUUUUUUUUCUUUUUUCUGUAAAUAGAAAAUACAUAAAUGUUCAAUCAAACUCCGUAAUGAAGUAUUUUACAGGGUUAGAUA